UGUACUGUAUCGAGGAAAUAAUCUGAAAAGAUUUCAAGUUUUCUAUUACUAAUGUUACAAACGACAAAAGUUGGAAAAAAACUAUAUCGUCAGAUAAGGAUCUUGUGCCAAAAUAAAUAAAAUACAGAGGCGCCACGGCACAAGGGACCGGUUGAUUAUUUUCAUUAAAUAUCAAUGUGUUCUGGAAAUGGUUUGCAAAGAGGACGUGGUAUCAUGGUUUAAAGAAUUGGAAAGCUAUAAACGUAUAGACGCAAUGUGUACAUUACUAAACAUGUGUUUACCAUUCGAACUACGUUUUAUUGGCACAUACUUGGAAGAGCUCGGUAAACGAGACUUCCAGGAGUUGCGUGGUGCAGAACUAAGAGCAAAUAACCCUACAGACCUCGCUGCAGAUAUUGGAGGAGCAGACACAGAUUCUAGAACGCGCCGAAAAAUGGCGUUAUAUGUAUCUUUACUCAGGUCAUGUAAUUUUGCUUGUGCUACCACAUUGUACAAUGCUAUGGUAAAUUUAGAACAAAGUGGUCUGUUAAAAGGUUUGUAUGGAGAUCUCUUAGAGGAAAUAUUACUAUUGUACACAAUGGCUUUGCACCAUCCAGCAUUUACAUUUGACCAGAAAUCACAUUUUGGAGAAAUUCUUGAUAAAUUGAAAUUAGAAGACCAGCAGAUACAUUUUCACGAACAGCAAGAGCACAUAAGUGUUACACCAGUGAGCAGCUGCCACACACAGCCAGGUAUCACAGAAAUGAUAAGUGGUACACAAGUGAGUGGCUGCCACACACAGCAGAAUAUAACUCCUAAUAUGUCGGUGCCUCCACCAAACCUCACAAAUAUAGGACCACCACCAGGUCUCAUGUUUGUCAAAUCACCCAGUAUACAGCCAACAAGUUCAGAUCCAGUACCAGAAAUUAAUUCGCCACCAGUUUUAAGUGGACCUAGCGGUCUACCAAUGAUGGCAGAUGUGCCACGACCACCACCUGGGAUACCAAUACCACAGUAUAAUAUAGGGGAAUACAUCACCCCGCACACAUGGCCUGCUAAUAUAAUUGUUGCUCCAUUGAAUCAACCAUUAGAGGUAAUAAAUUACCAGCCACCGGGUGGAGCACCACCUUCACCAUUAGUAUCAUCUCCGGGAGACAGUCGUGCAGCCUCUCCUCGAUCAAGAAGACGCCCCUCAAGAGAUAGAUCACCACCAUUGCCUACAGAACCGUCUAUGCCUCAUCUCAGCGCCAACUUUGAAAAUCUAACAGUAGGAGAGUUGAGGCAUUCUAUUGGCGAGGAGAGACUACGGGAGAUCAACGCGGUGCACCAGCAGUACCGGUCGUUAGAGAAACUGAACGGAAUCAGACGGCGGGGCGGCGCCUACCUCCCGCCGCGCUCGUCGUCCGACAGCGGCUCCAGCGCGGGGUCGUCGCCCCCGGGCACGCCUGCACCGCAUCGCAGACACGCCCCGGGCCCGCCGCUGCCGCCGGUGCCCUACCACCAGUACCCGCGCCCCUACCCCUACCAGACCCCCCCGCCCGGCUACCGACCCCCCCCGCCGCCCUUCGCUAACGGAGAGCCUCCCCCCUACCCGACUCCGGCACCAUACCCUGGCUUCGUUCCCGUUCUCUACGCUCCGCCCAAACUCUCCUGUUGGAACUGUGGCGCCGCCGGCCACGCGGGACACGAGUGUAAAGAACCCAGCUUAGAAGAAAUGACCCGCGCGGGAGGUUAUCAGUUAGACUUCGGUGGCAACCCACCCCCAGAGACAGCUGAUAAGUAACAUUAAACUGCGGUGGUCUAUGGUGUUACAAGGAAUUGUCACUCAACGAGGUACCUACUACAUAUAAAUUAUCUCACAGAGUUUUUAAUGAUUAUGAUUAUCCAAUAAGUUGAAAAACAUGGGUUAGUUAAAACAUGGUGUAGAGUUGGCUGUGUGAGCUCUCGAGGUGCCGUUCAACAAUCAUCAAUAAUUUGUGAUUGAAAUGGAGUGUAUGUAAAUUGGUCUUGUUCCUGAGAGACUAAUAUUAUGCUCAGGUAUAGUGAAAUUAUUUUAUUUGUAAGUACCUAAUUUCACUUUGACUGAUCCAUUGAAAACCAGUGAAUCAAUGUUAGGGUCGGAUUAAAGUUAAAAUACCUUUGAAACUGUAAAGUACAAAGUAUAAUUAUUACGUCCUCUUAUUAUUUAAAUAAAAUCAUGGAUUUUAUUGGGAAUUCUGACUGCUAAAUAAUUUUACACUAGAUGUGGUAAUAUUCUUAAAAUUUUUUGAACUGUUAUUAUAAAAAAAAGUUUUGUGCCAUAAAAGUGUGUAAUUACUACAAAUUCACAGAAAGUAUUUCUGCAAAACAAUCUGUUAGGACUGUUACAUUAAGUUGAUUCGAUAAUACUUUUUCUUAUGAAUAAUUUGACAUAGUUCCUGAAAAACGUUAUAAGCCACAAACAUCACAUUUUAAGGAAUUCGUGUUUAAAGUUUAAUAAAUAUUAGUGUGUUCCAUUCAUGUGGGUUGGGCUACUAAGUCAUGAUGUCAUUUAAAGAGUGAUAGUAGGGCUGCCAUUUUUUGUCAAUCAUUUAAUAUGAAUCACGUGACCAGUUUUGUGUUCUUAACUCAAUUUCGACACAAUUGUGGUUUGGAACGUUUUUCUGGAAUUACGUCCAAUUGUGAUCAGAUGGUUUUAUUUUUGCUUAAGAUCACAAUUAUAAAACAUAGUACAGUAAUACUUCGAAGUUGCGCAAUGGGUUGAGCGAUAAUGGCGUAACUCGAAUUCGCGUAAAUAGCGGUGUAAUUACUUAUAUUAAUACAUACAUACAAAUUAUUAUUAGCACAGGCAGGAUACUAAAGAAAAUAAUAAUUAUGAAAAAAUCAAUAUAAAAUAAAAUUUCACAAAUAAAACUGAAAACAAAAUUUUAUGACGAUGCGGGCCUCGAACCAGCGACCUCUCGCGUUCCGUGCGAGCGCUCUUUCCAACUGAGUCAACCGUUCGAGUAACGUAUCGUUUAUAAAAUCUUGUAUGCUUUGUUCAACUCUUAAGUUGUGGCUUCAUCUACAGGAUCUACUUUACAGAUAUUUUUGUUGCAUUCGUACUGCAGAGAGAGACCACGGGAUUUCAUGUUUGCGCUAGCCUAAAACCGUCCUCCAUAAUAUUAAAAUUGUUAGGAUGCUUUUUAAUUUCUAUAGAGCUCUCUUCUCUAACAAGCCGUGGGAUGUAUUUGCGUUCAGCAGAAAUCACUCGUGGGUUGUGUAGUUCGAUCCAAUGGUCGGUACCGGCUUUAAGCAAGUGUUCGGCUAUUGCAGAUUUUUUAGGAUUGUUAUUUUUGACUGCGCUGAUGUGUUCCUUAACGCGUUGAGAAAUAUCGAGUUUUAUUUGUCCGAUAUAAGAGCUUCCGCAGCUGCAGUCAACUUUAUAGACCCCGGAGCACUGGUAUGGAAUACUGUCUUUUGGUGAACGUAGGUAGGAACCACUUUUUUGAGGGGUUGAGAAAUUGUUUUAAUGUCAUACUUCCUCCUCAAAAAACUCGCCCUUGGCGCCAAGUGGAUAGAUUAAUGUACUAUAAGUGUCAAGUGUUUCUCGCCGCCUCCACAGUUGAUAACCGGCUCAACCCCAAUUUUGUGUUCAGUUUUAUUUGUGAAAUUAAUCCCAGAAGUGAGGGUUAUCACUUUAAAAGCAUAACAAUUUGUUUAUAAAAUGAAAUCUUAAACCAAAUACAUAAUUAUUGGAAAUCGAAGUUGUAAGCUAUAAUCUAAAAAUGUCUUCGGACAGCUCAAUUUAUCUUUUUCACUGCAGUAUGCUGUAUAGUAUCUCUGAAACAAAAGACAAAUCGAUUAGAUUAUUACAUUCGCGUAAGUUAGAACUUAACUCGAUGUUUACUGUACACUCUAUAUUACAUCACACAUAUUUUUGUUUAACAUUAAUCUUAGGUUCAGACGGAGUUCCCUAUAAUUACCAAUUUAUAUUUUGUUUAGUUCUGUCUUAAGAUUUAAUUUGUGCUAAAUUCAGAUUCCUGUUUAAAGUUGUAUAAUUAAAUAAUUUACACAUUCACACAUGCAAAUAAGUUAUCAUUUGAAUUUUCAUGACUGUGAUAGCUUCGUACCAAUUUUUUUCAAUAGAUUUCCAAAUAAUAAUAUGUAUUAGCAAUACAUAUCUUUGAAAAUGCAAUCAUGCAUUGUACCUUGAGACUACAAUGUUACAUUUAAAGUUCUAAUUCCUUUUGCCCAAGACUGAAGAAUUAUUACCAAAAUUUUUAAUUCAAUACAAUCAGCAAUCAAUAUCCUAUCGAAAAUGUCACACUCAGACUGAGAAUGAAUUUUAUAUAUUGAACAAUCAUUUUACUUUGAUCAAGCUUUUGAAAAUUUAGCCUUAAAUAAUUUAUAUGUCUCGAUAGAGUCUCUUGCUGUUAGACAACUGAUAAAAACAGGCCAGGUUUAUUACUUUAGUGUGUGAGACAUGCUACAUCUUGUAUGACACUUUUUGCUCAAAAUAAAGGUUAAUUCUACACUCAAUUUUUUUUGACGUUUACACAGCUGUCAUAGUCAAUCCAGGCGUAUAAAUGAUCUAAAGAAAAUGUAAUGCUCUUAAAAAUAAUGAAAUUAGUGUUACUUAUAUAUUAUAAUAAUUGUAAAUAUGAAUUAUUACAAAUGUGUACAUUGAAUUUGGUGUGCGACGUCAACAUAUUUUGUAAAUAUUUUCAUUUAUAUUGUUACUUGAUAUAUCUUAGAGAUUUGUAUAUAGUUGCUGAUGAUAGUUUGGGUCAUGAUCACUGUCACAAAUCAAUAAGUCAAAGGUUUAAAUAAAAGGAAGGCUGUAAUUGUUUAUCGCAUAAUGAUAUUUUAUAUUGGAGUGACAUGUCAUGCGCAUCGGUGGGACAGAGUGUGAUGUCUCUGGGGAAUGUAUUAGUGUUACUUAUUCCGGAUCAAUUAGUCCAGUCUGAGCACAACAUGUAAGUUAAAAUGUAAUAGACAAGUUGAAAACCAUGCAAAGCACAAUUUCAAAUGGAAACCAGCUAAAUGUUUCCCAUUUUUCACUUGACUGCUUUAAACCGUAUACACAAACUUUUGGUUUUGUUUGUUAGCUUUAUUUCCCUGUCGUUUUCUAUAUGUGGACCCAUAACACAAUCUGCUGAGUUUGCUGCAGUCUCAUAUUGGACUUCUUGUUUUCUCUUACUGUCCACAGUGAUCACAUGUGUUUUUUUAAUAGUUCCUUCCGAACAGAAUGUAUUACAUUAUUAGUACACGGUCCUUCGUCACAUGCUAAUUAAUAAAAAAAAAGGAUGUUAAUGUUUAACAUAUUAUUAUUGAUUAUAUAUGAUGAAGAUUUGAUUUGGCAAUUUAAAUGAUUCCCAGAAGGCCUUCGUUUAUUUAAUGUUUAACGGUAGUGAAAAAUUUUUUGUUCAGUGUGUUUGUUAAGUAGAUCUUUCUAAAGUAUAGGUUUUAGUAUAUCGGGCUACUUAAAUAUUGUUGUCCUUAUGUAAAUUGUGUGCACAAUAGGUUUGUAAUUGUAUAUAAAAUAAUUUUGUUAUUCGGUAAUUUUAUAGGUGUUUGGAAGUCAAAAAUAUUGCAAUUGUAACUUUUAUAUAGCUGUGCCUAAUGGGACUGUUAUUGUAGCGUAGAACUCCUUGUGAAGGUUGUAUGUCCAGAUAUUUUGUUAUUUAUAUCUUAACAAUUCUAUUGUAAUAAAACCGUUUAAAGUUAGAUAAAUACUAUAAAGAUUAACUUAACAACAUUAUCAUAAGUAUAUCUCCGUAGCUCUGCAGUGAAAUAAACACUUCAAUUUAGUGUUUAAAACUGUCAUCAUAUCAUUUUUUUGCAUGUCAUUGUUCUAUUAAUAUUUAGCUAAUGUUUGAUGCAAACAUAUUAUCCAUUUCUACUUAAAAUUACACUAGAAAUUAAAAAUGUAACGGCAAAUUAAGCUGUUGAAUUCUUUUCAUGCACCAUUUAUAAUUUUUUUUUGUUUUAAACACAAAAUUUACUAUUGUUCUUUUAAAUACUAACCCCCUUAUUCAUAAUAGUCUGCUAACUUUAAGCAUUGCUAAUUCUCACUCUGUCUUCUUCUAUUGACCUAAGUCAGAAAAAACACUACUAAGCGGCUGUUUAAAGUUAGCGGACCAUUAUGAAUAAGGGGGUAAAAAUACAGCUAUGACAUAUUACAUCUGCCAGAAUCACAUAACGUUUAUAUAUAUAUAUAUAUAUAUUUAAGUAUUAUAAAAAUCUGAUUAACUAAUACAUGUUUUUCUAUCCUUAUCUGUGAAUUAGAAUGAUGCUAUUCCGUAGAACUCUACAAGUGCUUUACUGAAUCAUUUUGCUUUGAAUUAACUACAGCACGCCGAAUUGGUUUUAUGGAAAUGUACUGUACCUAUGUUAUUGACUAUUUUUCCCAAUUUUUUUAUGGCUUUUAUGGUCUCAUUUUGCUGAUGAUUGCAGGGCUCAAUCAAUGGUUGUGAAGAACCAUAGAUAAAUCUUGCUCGAGUUAUACUUAAAAAUCCAAACAAUGUUUAGUAUUCUUGUUGCCUCAAAUACCUCAAAUAAUACCUAGCAAAGUGAGAAAUGAAUAUGAGUAAUUAUGAACACAGAACUGAUAUAUGCUGUGAUUUAUACUUUGUGACAUGCGCAUCUUUUAUCACAUUUGUUUUAUCUCUUCGGUUCUGUUAUAUACUUUAUCAAGCAGGGUAUUGGUUUCUCCUUACAUAAUUUAUCUUAUUUAUCGUCUAGAUAGAACCUCUUGCUGCUAGACAACCGAUGACUAUAGCCCAGGUUUAUUACUUUAGUGUGCGUCUUACACUGGCGCUUUGUAUGUGCACUUUGUGUUAGUGUGCGUGCAUUGCUCAAAAUAGAGGUUGACUGUCAAAGUCAAUUUUGUCGACGUUUCCACAUCUUGACCAACCGUGACGGUCUAUGUAGACGUAUAAAUAAUAAUAAUAUUGACACACUUUUUACACAAAUUAUCUUGCCCCAAGUUAAGCAUAUAUAGCCUGUGUUAUGGGUUACAAGACAAUGAUAUAUUUAAUACAAUAUACUUACUUAAACAUACAUAAAUUCAUAUAAACAUACAUAAAUACAUUUAAACAUCCAUGACUCGAAAACAAACAUCCAUAUUCAUCAUAUAAAUGCUUGCACCUACCGGGAUUCGAACCCGGGACCUCUAGCUUAGUAGGUAGAUUAUAAAUGAUCUAAUAGUUUCUCUUUGGCUCAUGGAAAGUCAUAUUCUAUCAAAUGCUGACUCUUUUCACACAUUUAGUGAUAAAAUACAACGAAUGUGUUAACGUCUAAGCCCCCGCGUACUAUCAAACACGCAAUUUUUUCUAUCGACGCAUUUUGAUGUUAAAUUAUUUUGGAUGUUCUGAAAACAUCUAUACUGGGUGGGUGCUGUUAUCUAAAUACCGAGAUCAAUUCCAUUCGUAUGCGUUUUGUAGUGCCCCGAGUCAACCAUAAAAUCAUAUUUAAAAAAAAUAUGGGCUAGUAUUUGACAUUCACACAUUGACGGCAUGUCAACAACUUGAUUCACAACCGAUUAUAAAAAACUCGUCAAAAAUCCUUAAAACUUAUACAGAUAGCUAAAACAUUCAUUCAAAUUAACACCUUAUUUCGUGGCAGUAAUGUUCAAAGUCGUAUUGUAUACGCUCUUAAGACGCUCAUUGAUUAUGGUGCGAAAUGUGCGAGAGACAGCAAAAUGAUUAAAAACGUCAUGUUAGUUACAUAAUUUUGUUAAUGACAUUUACCUGAAAUACGACACUCCAAUCUUUUCAAGGUUGGAUAUGCUGUUAUUUGAACAGUUUUUCACUGAACACUAUGUCAAUGCGUGGCGUUGUAUUCAAAGCGCGGUCGAAACAAAAACUCUGCCUAAUAGAUGCGUAGCAGAGUUUUGCUCCAGACAAUUUUUGAGCGAGAUUGUGAGAGUCUAGUUUAUUAUUUUACGUCAAUACAUUAUAAAUCCCCACAUCCUAAAUAGUACACAGCUCUAGAUAGGUUGAUUGAUAGCCACUAAAAGGGAGCAUUACUUUUAGUAAAUCACGUCAGGUCUUCAUAACAUAAGUGAUAUUCACAAAGAGUUUCUGUUAUUAUAACUCGUGGCUGGGGUUUCGGAAAGAAGUAUAUUUAGCCGUUGAAUCAUUAGUGAUGUACGUUUAUUAGAAACUUUAUAACAAGGUGUUACAAGAGUUUAUCGGCCGUGUUUGAACCAUCUUUGUAUUACAAUAUCAAGGGGUCACAAAUAUAUCAAAUCAACACCUUAUAUCUUUGUUAUUUAAUAUAAUAUAGGUCCACGUAUCUCAGUGUCUCUUAUAUACUAAUAACAUUACAUUAAAUUACUGGGCAGAAAGGUAACAUCUUAUGUCUCAAGGAGACGAGCGCAAUUGUAGUGCUGCUCAGAAUUUUGGGCAAGAAUGGGCAGGGCGUAUCAAUUACCAUCAUCUGAACGUCUCACUCCUCUCGUCCCUUAUAGUCGUAAAAAAUUGUAGAAUUCGGACAUUACAAUACUUAAAACCGAUUUAAUAAGUUAUGCAUGUUUUAUUGUUUAUAAUAUUAUUCUUCAUUUACUAACUAACAUACAUAACAAAUAACUUAAAAUAUGAAAUCCACAUCAUCUCUCAAUUAAUUUGUUUAUAACAAUAUAUAAUAGUUUAUUUUAAAUAAGAUUUUAGAUGUGUUGUAAUUUUUUGUAUUUAAUUUUAUAUUUUAUUAAAUCUUAGUAAUACAUCUCCACUCAUUUUGUCCUUGCGAUAUUAAGUAUCAUUAUUUGAACGUUUUAGUUAAAAAAUAGUGAACAUCUGAACUAUUUCAAGUUACUUAACUUACAGUGCAGGGUGUGUUUGUAUCAAGCAUUAUAAGCUGUUAAUUACUUAAUACUCUGUUUUACAGUGGGAAGUACAUAAUUUAAUGUUAAUUAAUAGUUUUUCGUACAAAAAGGAGAAUAGGGUAUAUGCAUAUGGUUCGAAAGAGACUUAAGAACAAUUAUGACUACAUUAAUAUUUUUUAUAGUAUUGUUUUUUAGCAGAAAUUAUUUUUUUUAUAAAUGCGAUGUCACCGGUGGCAGUGAAUUGGACGUAAAAGUUUGACAAUAAAUGUUAACUCUCAUCAUAUCCUUUUGUUUGUUCGUUCUAUGACGUCAUAGUUCAUGUCCACUAUGCGUCCGAAAAUUGCACGUCUUUAAACUUUUAAAGGGACUAGCGGUGUAUGACUACUUUCGUUAUGUCGAAUGAGUGUUUUACUUAACCAUUGUGCCUGCAUUUAUAUUUUUGAUACAGUCCUUACCAGAAAUUAUUUUUUAUAUAUUACUAGUUGACCCGACAGACGUUCUGCAUAUAAUAAAUAAAAUGUUUUUUUAUGAAUUUGUCAAUAAUAUAUCAUAACAUCAAGAAUUACUUCGUAAAAUAUGCACCCUGCUGUCGUAAUGAAAUUGUUCCACAGCAGCAAUGUCAAACCGUGCGUCAAUAAAUUCUCUCAUAGAAAUUAUGUAUGGACACAUCAAAGAAAAAUCAAAUUUGUUUGUUUUUAUUUAAUUCCGAGCGUUUUCAUGUUUAUUCAAACCUUUUAAACCUUCCCUGGACUUCCACAAAUAAUUCAAGACCAAAAGUAGCCAAAUCGGUCCAGCCGUUCUCGAGUUUUAGCGAGAAUAACGAACAGCAAUUCAUUUUUAUAUAUAAGAUGUGAUAACUCCGCGAAAUUGAAGUAUAAGAUGAGCGACGUCACUGAUGGCAGUGAAUUUGACGUAAAACUAUGGCAUUAAAUGUAAUCUUUAAUCAUAUCCUCUCCACUUGUAAUUCUUAUGAACUAUGACGUCAUAGUUCAAACUCAACGCCUCCGAAAAUUGCACAUGUUUAAACUUUUACCGGGACUAGCGUUGUUUGACUACUUGCAGCGUUUAUUUUUGAGAUAUUUGAGAGUUUUGUAAUCUAUCGAUUGAAAUUAUAUGCAUAUUCCCUAUUGCAAGCUAUCUCUGCGAGUGUAAUGCAGCAUUAUUUUGUACUAGUAUAAAAAUAUUUUUUUUACUUUGUACAGGACGUUAUGAAUGUGAUAAUUCUUUUUUUUUGUCAUAAUUAGAAAUUGUGAUUUAGUAAGGUGUGUACCUAGUUUAAUAGUCUAUAAAAUACCAAUUGCUCGCUUUACUAAAUAAAUUAUACUACUGCUGAUGAGCGACGUAUUUGUAUCGUUUUUUCCCAUUUUUGUAUUUGGGUAGAUAAUAUUAUAUGAUGCUGUUGUACUUUCUUCUAAUAAGGAUCAGCAUUUCAGGCGAAUGAGUGUGUCGACCCAGUGUUUAAGACCUCUGUAACCCACCAAUGCUGUGAAUCGUUUGCUUCCUGAAAAUAAACAACAAAAUCUUU